AAGGGGAGAAAAGAAGACAGAGUGUACUGAAGCAUCAAGGAACUCGAGAGGGAAGGUAGACGUAAGUGAAGAGGGGAGGGUGAGGUGGGGGCCCAAUGGGCAGCACGCGUUUCCCCGGUGGGGCUUUGCCCGCCUGGACAGCUGCCACCGGUAACUCCAGUCCUUGGUGGCCUUCGGCCGGCAGCCCCACGGCGGCCCCCAACGCUAGCUUGGACAUCUCGGGGGGCGACAGUCGCAACGAGGAGCUGGCCAAGCUGGAGAUCACCGUGCUGGCUGCGACUUUCGUGGUGGCCGUACUGGGUAACGGCAGUGUCCUUCUGGCCCUGCACCGCACCCAGCGCAAGACGUCUCGGAUGCACCUCUUCAUCCGCCACCUCAGCCUCGCCGACCUGGCGGUCGCCUUCUUCCAGGUGCUGCCCCAGCUGUGCUGGGACAUCACCUACCGCUUCCGCGGUCCGGACGGCCUGUGCCGCGUCGUCAAGCAUCUGCAAGUCUUCGCCAUGUUCGCCUCGGCGUACAUGCUGGUGGUGAUGACCGCCGACCGCUACAUCGCGGUGUGCCACCCGCUCAAGACUCUGCAGCAACCUGCCCGGCGCUCUCGGGUCAUGAUCGCCGCCGCCUGGGCGCUGAGCUUCGUGCUCAGCACGCCCCAGUACUUCAUCUUCUCCAUGAUCGAGGUCAACAACGUCACCAAGGCCCGCGACUGCUGGGCCAACUUCAUCCAGCCCUGGGGGCUCCGCGCCUACGUGACCUGGAUGACCGGCGGCAUCUUCGUGGCCCCGGUCAUCAUCCUGGGCACCUGCUACGGCUUCAUCUGCUAUCACAUCUGGCGGAAUAUCCGCGGCAAGACGUGCACGGUGAAAAGCAAGGAAGAGGAGGAAGCGGCCGCCGGCGCCUUGCGCAAGGGCCUUUUGUUGGCCCCCUGUGUCAGCAGUAUCAAAUCCAUUUCUCGGGCCAAGAUACGCACGGUGAAGAUGACGUUCGUGAUCGUGACAGCCUACAUCGUGUGUUGGGCGCCCUUCUUCGUGGUCCAGAUGUGGUCUGUCUGGGACCAGCAGUCCUCUUGGACCGAUUCUGAAAACCCUGCCAUCACCAUCACUGCUUUACUGGGCUCCCUAAACAGCUGCUGCAACCCCUGGAUUUACAUGUUUUUCAGCGGCCAUCUUCUACAAGACUGUGUACAGAGUUUCCCCUGCUGUCGAAAAACGAAGCAACCAUUGAGCAAAGAAGAUUCUGACAGUAUGAGCAGAAGGCAGACUUCAUUCACUAACAACCGAAGUCCCACAAAUAGCACCGACACCUGGAAAGACUCCCCUAAGUCAUCCAAGUCCAUCAGGUUCAUUCCUGUUUCAACCUGACUCCUUUAUGCAGUGAGAGUUUUUUGAGUGACAGUGGAAAACUUUAGGUGGGUGAAGCUAGGCGUCAUUGGAGCAUAAGAAAUGUUUGAAAUACAUUAAGUGUACGGUACUGUAUUUCUAGAGAGCUUCUCUCGCUGAUGUGAACAAAAGCUGUAAAUAAUUUUGUAGGUACUGUUAUCAAAAACUCUAUUUGCUGAAAUAUGGGAAAGUGAUUCUGUCCUGGCAGAAUUGAAGUUAUUUUUCUUUUUUUCUUUUUUUGAAGUUAUUUUUCUAAAGGAAAAAAAAUCAUAGUAAAAUACCUCCCUUCAUCCAUUCCUCCCUUCCCCCUCCCCAUUGCUCUUGGACUUACUCUUUUCUAUUUGUUCCCAAAGUAACUAAUGCAUGGUCAGUUUAAUAUAAUAUUCAUUUAAUUUAGAGGCACCAUUUUUGAUUAAUAACAAGCCCCCCACCCCUGAAAGGAACUAGAAAAGGAUCCACAGGAAUCAGUGCUUCAGGCAACUGAGAAUGUCCUCUCUGUUGGCACAGGAGUAAGUUGAAGACAGAUAUCCUAGGUCCCUCCUAUCAGCCUUAUGCAAAAAUGGAGAAGGUUUCUUUUUAACUGCCUUUGGACAUGGGACCACCACUAUGCAACUUGGGAUCAGGAACUAUGGAGCUAUGGACAGCUGAAGCCCUACACCAGGGAAUAAAGCUUACUAUAUUAACAUAUUUCAGACACUUCCCCCAGUAGAAAUGGAAAAUGAUGGCUGUCUUGUGGUGUUUUCAUAUAUAAAGAAAUUCCUAAAACUGUUAAAAAAAAAGAGUAGAGAUUUAGAGUGGGAAAGGAUUUCAGAAGUCAUGGAGUCCAACACCCAGCUUCUUUUCUUUCUAAACAGAUAAGCAAAAUGUGACCAAGAAACAUUAAGAGACUUGUCCAAAAUCACAGAGACACUAAGUGGCAAAAACCAGGAAUAUUUGAACCUCAGACCACACAUCAAGCACUCUUUUUUUUGUGCACGAAACAGAAACGAAGAGAUUUCUGUAACAUAUGGGAAGCUGAUACUUUUGGCCUUUGCUUCUUUCGAAUAGUAAGUUUCAAAGUUUUCAAAAGAAUGACACAGAAUAUGGAUUUAUUCCCCUGAUACUGAAAUUGCCUUGGCCUUUGCUUUCGGCCCCAGACCCCUCUUGCCACUUGGCAUUUGGUGUACUCAGAGCCGCACUGUUUAUUUUUAAUCUACUAAUAUGGAUGGUUUAGUGUCUGGGCUAUCGAAAUUCUCAAAUGCAAAUAUAGCUCUGCUGAUUCGUUGGAAAAAUGUUUCCAAUGGGCAAGAAAAUGAUUCAUUUUGAAGCAAAGUCUUCUGGCUUAAGGUAAGAAAUGCUUACUUUUGGAGACAGGUGAAUUAAAGGCCUAAACCAUCCAUUUAGUUGAUUUCUGAACAAAGGCAAAUUAUAAUUUGGCUUUUUCUGUUUACAUAGCAUCUAUAAUUAGGGGAGCUCAGUGUGCUUUUCAGCCCAUUAUGUUUGCCUCCUACCUUCCUCAUGGAAAUGAUGCCAGGGCAAUAUAAGCUUUUCUUGAACUAAAUUCCACCCUAUAAUAACAAAGUGAUCAGGGAUCUUCCAGUGUGGACUGCAUUUUAACACAUUUACACAUGUAGAUGCAAUACAUUCCCUUCCCCUAAACAAGACAACCUAAUUUGGAUCCUGCCUUCCAGAAAUAUGAAAGAAAUAAAAGACAUAGGUCAAUUUAUGCAGUAUAGUUCUACUUUUCUCAUGAAGCAACAUGAUAUAAUGGGAAAGUGCUAGACUAAAUGUCUGGAGAUCCCAGUUUUAGUUCUGGACAAGUCAUCAAGCUCUCUGGUCCUAAGGUUCUUCAAUCUCUAAAGUACUGCCUGGCUGCUCCAUAAUUGUGUGCCACGAUAAUAACAACUCACAGCUAUGUAGUGCUGAGAGGUUUAAAAGCAUUUUCUUCACAGCUCUCCUUCUGAGGUCAGUAAUGCAGGUAUGUUCAUCCUCCGUGUGUGUGUGUGUGUGUGUGUGUGUGUGUGUGCACACGCGCGCGUGCCUAUUCAAACAAGAUAGACAGAAUAUAGAAAGCAGAAUAUUAUCACCUAGAGGACUACAAAAGUCUUAUUGCAGAUUUAAACCAUUAAAGCUUGAAGCCAUUAGACUAUUAAAGUUUAUAAUAGGCUUAAAACUGCACUAAAAUUUUAGGGACACCCUACAUUAGCUAUUUUCAAAAAAAAAAAA